AUGUUGAGACUUGAAAAGUUUUGUUGGUGCCUUGAGCUUGAAACUGCAGGACUUAUAAAUGGUUGGAUGUCACUAAUUUGUUCCAUAUUUUACGUCAUAAUAUUUGUAAUCUGUGGUUUCAGUUUAACUUUUUACAAUGGAACUAAUGAAGAUAUUUAUGUUGGAAUUGGUUUAUGGUUGGCAGCAAUCAUUUGUGUUGGUCUUGCAUACAUCUGUUGGAUCUUUAUUCAAGGAAUAAAAACUAGAAACCCAUCGAAAAUAAUGCCUUAUAAAAUAUGUUUUAACGUUGAGAUUGUGGUGACAAUUUUCUUGCUUAUGUGGUUGAUUCUCAUAGAUCCUGAGUCAAAUUCAACUUGGAAGAAAUAUUCACAAAAUAUAUCUCACAUCACUGUUCUUGGUGCAACCGUAUUCUUAUUGAUAUUUGAAGCCUACCAUUACAUUUUUCUCGAUUCAUUGAUGGAGAAGCUAAAAGAUGACAAAACUUCUUCAAACGCAGUUUAA